AUGUGGCGCCUCGGAUAUUUGUUAUUCGGCCAAGGCGAUCUGGAAGGGUCGGAGGCGCUGAUUCGAGAAGCGGUGGAUGGGAUGCGCCGGGUGCUUGGCAGCCAGCAUGAGGACACCCUCGAGGCAGUCGGCAACCUCGGCGAGGUUUUGCACACGAAGGGCGACCAGGAGGGAGCGGAGGCGCUGCUCCGAGAGGCGCUAGAAGGAUGCCGUGAGGCGCUUGGAAACCGGCACCCGCGCACACUCAUGUCAAUACGCGACGUUGGCUCGCUGCUCCGGGAGAAUAACGAUUUCGAUGGCGCGGAGCCGCUAUUUCGCGAGGCGCUGGAGGGGUUCCGCGAGACGCUUGGCGACCGGCACCCGGAGACGCUUUGCUCGAUGGACGAGCUCGGCUCGCUGCUACAUUCCAAGGGCGAGCUGGACCAGGCCGAACUGCUGCUGCAACGAGCGGUAGGGGUGCUGCGAGAGACGCUUGGCGAGCGGCACCUACUUACGGCUCGAUCGAUCUACCGCCUCGGCUCGCUGCUGGAGGGGAAGGGCGACUUGGACGGCGCGGAGGCGCUGUAUCGCGAGGCGCUCGAGGGGGAGCGAGAGACGCUCGGCAACCGGCACGAGAGCACGCUCACCUCGAUCGGCAACCUCGGCUCGCUCCUGCAGAAGAAGGGCGAGCUGGACGGAGCGGAGGCGCUGUAUCGCGAGGAGCUGGAUGGGUGCCGAGAGACGCUCGGCGACCGGCACAAGAGCACGCUCGGCUCGAUCUUCCGCCUCGGCUCGCUGCUGGAGGGGAAGGGCGACUUGGACGGCGCGGAGGCGCUGUAUCGCGAGGCGCUCGAGGGGGAGCGAGAGACGCUCGGCAACCGGCACGAGAGCACGCUCACCUCGAUCGGCAACCUCGGCUCGCUGCUGCAGAAGAAGGGCGAGCUGGACGGAGCGGAGGCGCUGUAUCGCGAGGAGCUGGAUGGGUGCCGAGAGACGCUCGGCGACCGGCAUGAGAACACGCUC